AUGGACACUUACGUGCCCAUGGAUACUUCUUUGCCCAUGGGCCAGUUUCCUGAACAUAUGGACAUAGAUGAACCUGAAAGGAGGUCACGUGUGCACUUUCACAUAGAAGAACCAAGUAGCAGAACUGAUGAGCAGAGAGCUGAAUUUGCACAACGUGUUAGGGCAUCACUGAAGAAGAGAAAGGUAGAACAGAGCCAGAGGAAUAAGAUAAACUUGGGAGUCUUCAUUUCUAACAUCCUUAACUGGAAAGUUCAGUGGCUAAAAGAGCAGCUGCAGUCAUCAGUGCUUCCACCUCUGCUGGACAUGGACAAGUUUCGAGCCAAACGCUUGAUGUACAGUAGCGUUGAGGAAUACAAGCUAGUGAACUAUCAGUUUUUGUGCCUCGAAGUUUGGCAGAUUGUCUUCCGCAACUGGCGAGAAUACUUUGCUCAAACCAAACGCAUGACAUUCAGUUCUGCUGUUGUGCACCACACAUGCCCUCCUGGCGACACCAUGAUAUUAACGUGUGUUGUUUUAGCGACACCAGAGCAGAUGCACAGAUCUUUGUACCCCACUGAAGGCAACCUUGUUCGCUUGGAUCUGCGCAUUCAAGACCAGCCAAAAGCUGCGAUGCCAGUAUUUGGAUUUGUGACUCAACACAAGCUUGUGAGGGACCCUCGUUCAUUUAAAAGUGCCAUCCCAGAUUUGCUGCAAAAUGUGUAUACUGAUGGGUGCGCUCCUGUCACACUGAAGGUUCAAGUGAGAGCAAGGCCUGUGACUCUGGACUUUCGUAAAGUUCAGCGCUUGUCUGUAGUGAGCAAGAUCACUCCUACUUUGCGGCAAAUGGAAGCUGUGUUUGAGCUUGAAAAAUCAGUGUUCGUUGAAAGCAUUGUCAGGCCUAAUGUGUGCCACUUUUGGUGUCGGAAGGGUGUUCCUAUGCGCUCCAGAUUUAAGGAAAAUUUCAACAUUGAACAAGAGCAAGUAAUCAGUUCUGCUGUUGAUGCUAUGAGAGUGCGUGGAAGUGAACCUAGAAUUAUAAUCCUGCAUGGCCCACCUGGCACAGGCAAGACGCACACACUUGUUGGUAUGGUGACAGAGAUCCUUCAUCAUAACAGCAGACAGACCAUGCUGAUUGUGGCACCAUCCAAUGCUGCAGUUGAUGAGAUUGGUCGUCGACUUUUGGCUCACAGGCAGCAGCAGUACAGGCAGAAAGUUCCAACAGAACAAGUUUUGAAGGUGGUCCGAGUCGGCCAAACCAACAAGGUCCACCCAGAGGUUCGUGGAAUAUGUCUUGAAGAGCUGUUGCAAAAGAACAUUCAGAAGGACGAGAAUGAACGUUGCAGAGAAUGUGACAUGACCAUUUGUGCAUUAGAGACUGAGAUGAAACACUGUGCUGACAAAAAGCAUCAGCUUGAUAGGUCUGCCACUCGGGAUGUUAGAGCUUCUAGACGUCUUGAGUUUCAGAUAAAUCAUUUGCGGGCUCAGAUCCAGCAAGCUAAGGAAAAGAAGAAGCUCAUAACUGACAGCAAUGCCCGGCAGUUCCGUAAUGUUAAUGACAGAAAUCUUCUAAUUCUACGUAAUGCACACGUCAUUCUUUCCACUCUGAACAGCUGCCGUAGCCGUCUGAUGGAAGAGGCAUUCGGCCGCAACAGUUCUCAUAACUUCUCGUGUGUUCUUCUCGACGAAGCAACUCAGUGCACCGAAGUUGAAGCUCUCCUCAGUUUGCAGUACCAGACAAGCAAGCUGAUUCUUGUUGGGGAUCCUAUGCAGCUGCCUGCUACAGUCAUGUCGCAAGACGCUGCAGAUCGUGGAUUCCAGGAAUCGCUUUUUGAGCGCUUUUACAACUACCUCAAUCAAGAAGCUGACCCCAAGCCCAUUUUCACUUUGAAUGAGCAGAGACGGAUGCAUUCAGAGAUUUGCUGGUUCCCAUCGAAUUACUUUUAUGGUGGGAAGCUUCGACCAGUUGUUGGCCUGGACGCCAUGUAUGCACCGUUCCCAUUGAUUCCAUACCUUGUGUUUAACAUUGAGGACAGCCCCGAGGCUAGUGAGGGCACUAGUACAUCAUGGCUAAAUCGUGGUGAAGCUGCCUUUGUUGCCCAUCUUUGCUUAGCUAUUUCCCGGCUAGUUGGGGAUGCGUCUCUCGGUGUUAUCACGCCAUACCAGGCACAGAAGGCUGCUAUCACAGAACAGCUUCAAGAGAGUUUUGCGCCAACGGCUGCAACUUUCGACGUAAAUACUGUGGAUGGCUUUCAAGGGCAGGAAAGGGAUGUCAUUGUACUGUCAUGUGUGCGUGCCUACAAUCCAAGAGGUAACAUUGGUUUCGUUGCUGAUGCCCGCAGACUGAAUGUUGCCAUCACGAGAGCCAGGAAAGCUUUGUAUAUCUGUGGGCAUCUCGACUCUCUUAAGGACAGUGAUGAGUGGAAGGCAUUGAUUUCUGAUGCCUAUUGUCGCUCUAAAGUGAGAGAUAUCUCGGCUAAGUGCUCUUCUGACCUUCUUGCGAACAUUAUCAAGAAACCCUGUGUGAGCCGAUGGUGAUGAAGUUGGGGGCUCUGCAUUUGUACAUUUCUGUUAAUACAUAUCGUGGACUUGCCUACACACUGUGCGAAGUGUAUGUAAGCGCUGAAAUCUUGUGUUUUUAUGCAGGCCAACUAAGGCCUCCAAAGGAUUGUAUAUGCAGGUUCCAUUUCAAUUUUAGUGGUUUGAGUUGUUAUGCUUGAUAUUUCCCCCUCAUGUCUGGCUUUCUGAUUAGCAUGGGCUGCGUCUCUUCGUGAUUGUGUAAUUGUCCUUCCAUUUAACUGACACUAUUUCAUUUAGUGAACACUGUGAAAACAAGUGUUCAAGUUAUGCCUCAAGAUGCAAAUGACUACAUAGCUGUUUUUUGUGAUAUAGAAGUCACUUUUGUUCAAGCCAGAAAGCAGAGUUUGCUAGUAAUUGUACAUUAAUGCACAUCGAAAUGAAAGUUUGAAUUAUCACUGUUGUUGUGGUCACUUUUUUUUUAUUGUAACCCCUUGACGACUUAAGUUCAUGACACACCGCAAUCACAUGGAGGGCAAACUUCAUUGUGUGGCUGUUUCAAGGUCGUCCAGCAUUGUGCCUUACACAACUGUAUACUUCUUCAUACUUGUAGCUUCAUACU